GUAAAACAUUUUCAAUUUCACACUUCUGGUAAACUUUCUUUACACGGACCCUUUCAUCAAAAUCCAUAUCGGGAGAACGAACAGAAGAAGCGGUGAACGGAAGACCGCGACGGUCGGCGGCGGACAGAGCAACUGAUGCAGUUCACUGACAAAGGAGAAACGGCUUCCAGAUUUGGAGCUCGAACGGACUUUUAGUCUAACCGAUUAGCCAGGAAAUACAAACAACGCUAAACGAUGUUCAUCCGGCGUCCCCUUUCUCAUCCAUCUAUACAUAAUGGCAUUAUCAAUCAGGUUUCUCAGAUCUUCGGACCAAGAUCUAACUGGCCUCUGCCCCUCCAUGCUCUCUUCUGCAGUUCCAGCUUUUCUAAGCCGCCGCCAAUGCCUCCCCGUGAUGAAUCAGGGAGAUUAUCAGGCAACUUCCCAUAUUUUAGCUUUUAUAUGCAUGCUUAUAUGUGUGUAUGAAUUUGCCUAUGCUAUCUAGUAUGUGGAACGUGUGUUAUCAAAUUGAAGUAAUUAGUCAAUUACUUCACUGAAUUCAUUGCGGGUUUAUAGAUUUUCUUUCUCCCACUCAUUCAAAAUAUUUCUGUUGCGAUUGAUGUAAACAUGAGUGCGUUUGGCAUGGCUUAAAAUUGAUUAUUUCAAUAACCAACUGUAUAAUAAUCUAUUAUUGUCAUAAUAGAUCAUUAUUAGAAUUGAUUUUUUGUCUAGGUAAUGUUUACUGAGUGGUGGUAGUUUAAAUAUGCGGAGUUAUAAAUUUUGUUUGGAUGCAAAAAAAGUUAGCUCUUAUGUGGUGUAGUACAUAUGGAAAGAUAAAUUGUUUAAAAAUAAUCAUAAGCCAUAAAGUCCCAACUUCUCUAAGAUAACAAAAAUUUGAUUGAUAUUUUCUUUUCCAAUUAUAAUAUAUCAUCCCAAAAAUGUUAGCUUUUGAAAAAACAGAUACAAUUUCUUAAAACAUCUUAAAUUGUACAUUUCCAAGACAUGCUCUUACAUAGCUCUUUUUGGUAAGACUAAAAUCUGACUAAAUGAAAAAAUUCUAAAUGU